AUGAGCUGGACAUUCCUCAGAGACCUCCUAAGUGGAGUAAAUAAAUACUCAACUGGGAUUGGGAAGAUUUGGCUGACGGUUGUGUUCGUCUUCCGUUUGCUGGUCUACAUGGUGGCAGCAGAGCAUGUGUGGAAAGAUGAGCAGAAAGAGUUUGAGUGCAACAUUAGACAGCCUGGGUGUGAAAACGUGUGCUUUGACUACUUCUUCCCCAUCUCCCAGGUCAGACUUUGGGCCUUACAACUGAUCAUGGUCUCCACGCCGUCCCUUCUGGUGGUUCUACAUGUAGCCUAUCGUGAGGGUAGAGAGAAAAGGCACAGAAAGAAACUGUAUGUUAGCCUAGGUACGAUGGAUGGGGGCCUGUGGUACACUUACCUUACCAGUCUCCUUGUUAAAAUUGGUUUUGAAAUUGGCUUCUUGGUUUUAUUUUACAAGCUGUAUGACGGCUUUAGUGUUCCUUACCUUAUGAAGUGUGAUCUGAAGCCUUGUCCCAACACUGUGGACUGCUUCAUGUCCAAACCCACCGAGAAAACCGUCUUCAUCCUCUUCAUGGUGGUUACCUCGUGCCUGUGUAUUGUGUUGAAUUUCACUGAACUGAGCUUUUUGGUUCUCAAGUGCCUUCUUAAGUGCUAUCUCCAAAAAUACUCUAUAAGACCCAAGUCCUUAGUGUGUGA